UGUCAUGCGCCUUUAUUUCCAGCAGCUUUACGCGCGGCUUCAACGUGCGUAAUUCCUCAGCCAAUUACGCACACAAUUAGACUUGCAAGAUAGCAAAAAAAACAUUUUUUUCUCGUUUACUUUUACAAAACAUAGUCAUAAUUUACAUUUACUGCAUAUUUUGUCGCUUCAUUGUUUCUGGAAAGCUUUGGAAGAACCGGUGGAAACACGCGCCGCUUUCUUUUCCCUCCUCUGUGGAACACAAGCUGCUGAUUUCUCCUUUCUCCUCCAACAUAACUGGCAUUUUCAUUCAGAAAUUGAGCCAUAAAACGGCUGAGUAAAAACCUGCUCGACUGAAGCCAACAUUUAAUCUCCUCGAUUUCAUAUUUUCGGACCAGCUGAUGAGAUAACCUGCCUUCAUGGAUUUACACAUUACACCAGAACCACUUUGUCUUGGAAGCACCUCGUCAGAUUUGUGCCAUUAUGUGGGACUGCAGCAUAUGGAAAAGGAUUGUAUUAAAUGAUUACUUCAUGCUCUCUUUAUAGAAAGAGGGGCUUUGUUAGGAGCUCUUGCCAUUUAGGCCUCUACAUUAAGUGAUUGCUGCACCAUAUUUGCCUUUCUUUAACAAGGACAGGUUCCGCCAUGAAAUCUGCACUAUAAAGUAGAGGGGUUCAUGCUUUCUGCUGUGAUGCUGGCUAAAAUGAGCUCAAUUUGAAACCUAUACGCUGAAAUGUAAUCCAACUUUUGGUAUGAACAAAUGUAGAGGUCAUUUAGGUCCCUUAUUUUCAAUAAAGCACUGCCAAAAUGUGAAUAAUGUCACAACUUCAUGAAAUUGGGCCAUUUUUCUUGUUUAACAAGAAUCUUUUCCACGUUUUAUUACAAGUCUGUCCUUGUAAGGUGUGUUCGUGAUCAUCUUUUUUACAGGGCGCUGUCCUCUGUGGUUGCCCUGGGUGCCAACAUCAUCUGCAAUAAGAUACCAGGACUGGCCCCCCGUCAGAGGGCCCUUUGCCAGAGUCGACCAGACGCCAUCAUCGUCAUCGGGGAGGGUGCCCAGCUGGGCAUCAACGAGUGCCAGUAUCAGUUCCGAAAUGGGCGCUGGAACUGCUCUGCCCUGGGCGAGAGGACGGUGUUUGGACAAGAGCUGAGAGUAGGCAGCAGGGAAGCGGCAUUCACCUAUGCCAUCACAGCUGCUGGAGUUGCACAUGCGGUGACAGCCGCCUGUAGCCAAGGCAACCUAAGCCAAUGUGGCUGCGACCGUGAGAAGCAGGGCUACCAUGAUCGGGAGGAGGGCUGGAAGUGGGGGGGCUGCUCAGCGGACGUCAAGUACGGCGUGGAGUUUUCAAGACGAUUUGUAGACGCUCGCGAGAUCAAGAAAAACGCCCGCCGGCUAAUGAACCUCCACAAUAACGAAGCAGGACGAAAGAUCCUGGAGGAAAAAACCAAGCUGGAGUGCAAGUGUCACGGCGUCUCUGGUUCCUGCACCACCAAGACCUGCUGGAUCACCCUGCCCAACUUCAGAGAGAUUGGCUACCUUUUGAAGGAGCGCUACACGGAGGCCGUUCAAGUGGAGCCCGUCCGUGCUUCACGGCUACGCCAGCCGUCCUUCCUGCGCCUUAAACAGGCUCUGGGCUACCAGAAGCCCAUGGACACGGACCUGGUGUACCUGGAGCGCUCUCCGAACUACUGCGAGGAGGACACGGUCACGGGGAGCCCAGGGACGAGAGGGAGGCUGUGCAACGGCACCUCCACGCACACAGAUGGCUGCAACGUGAUGUGCUGCGGCCGGGGCUACAACACACACCACUACACGCGUGUCUGGCAGUGCAACUGCAAGUUCCACUGGUGCUGCUUUGUCAAUUGCAACACCUGCAGUGAGAAAUCAGAGGUUUUCACAUGCAAGUAGAUGCACGGAACAGGGGGACUCGUAAAGCCAAGGACUUAAGGAUAUUUAUAAAUUUUGCACAUUUUGGCAUCCUAUAGAAAAAGGAAACUCACACCAAGUGUGAGUUUUGGGAUUCUCCAGGAGAGACAGAGACAACCAUCUAUGACAGCUUUUAUACUGUUGAACAUUUUUAUAUAAAAGCCACAAAACUUCUAGAGAUAUUGUUGGGAUUUUGUGAAAUAGACCCGCACAAAGAAAUUAAGUUGUAUAUUUUUUUCAUAAUCAUGUCUCCGCCAGCUUUUGCACAGCAAUCAAUAUACAUUUUUUUGUAAAUUCGAUAAAUCAGAGUGGAUUUAGGUGUGAACUUUGACUAGGCCACAAUCACUGCAGCUUUGGUUUUGAUGUUUUGAGGCAUUGCCCUAAAGUAAGAUAAACCAAUUCAUGAUGCAGUAAUCAUUAUAUAUCUCUGCAGAGAUGAUUGCCUUCAGGGUGAAAGGUUAAAAUGUUUAUUCAGGUCUUAUCCAAUGGAAGCAUGCUCUUUAUCCCCCAUAGAGUUUGCAAAAAACAAUUGAACAUCGUUGGUUCUCUUUCAAACGUGGCUUUUUCUUGGAAAUCUCCCAUAUUGGCCAAAUUUGUGGUGCAAACAGCUUCCAGUUGUUCUGUUGGCAAAAAACAAAACCAACACAAAAGCAAAAACUGGAAUAUAUGAUGCUGGCCCCACUGUGCUCAUUCUCUUCUUUUGGUCAUGAUGAUAUUAGAGUAAACUGGCCAAAGGACCUUCUUCUUGUUUGUUGAGUGUGAUGAGUUCUCUGGACUUCAUGGUUCCGUUUUUCUUAUCACUGUUCACUAACGAAAAGCUAAAUGUAUAACAAGAAGUACACACAAGUAUACUUUAUUUCCUAGGUGGGCGAUUACCUUCAGAAAGGAAUUGGGAUUGCUAUAUUUUAUUUUGCAGUGUCGGAGUAAAUGGGGAUAA